GAAGACUCCAAGGAAAACACAGGAUACCGGAAACUAUCCCUCAUUAUUUUUUCUUAAAAUGAAUCGCGCUAUUACCAAUUAUGAACGGACAAGUUGGACAUUUUUUCAGAAUGCUUCAAUUUACUUAAAGUAACGCAGACACUUCCCAUUUUAACGCGAAGGUUUAACUGGUUUUCUCCAAAAACAACGACCAAUGGAAGUUUCUCUUAAAGGACCAGCAAAAAGGAAACACAUGAAUCUUCAAGAGUGCAGGCAGAGAGCAUUGGACUCAGGCGCCCUCACUCGCCCUCAGGCUGUCAUCCAAAAUCAUGGCGCUCACGACCCAAACAGAGGGCUCUACCCCAGGGAGUCUGCCAAACGGAAGAGGACAGUCAUCGUUUGACGCUGAAGUUCUUGCUGGAACAUCAUCUUCAGAGAAAUCAGAGGAGGACGAGGAGAUUGAUGAUGCGUGUCUGCUAGCUGUGGCGCUGCAGCAGGAACAGCAGGAGCAAGAGGAGGCGGACUAUUUGGAGGGAAUGACAGCAGAGAUGUUUGGAGAGGACCCGUUUCACCGUGUGGACGAGGACGUUCGGCUGCAGGUGGAGGACGUCCCUGACAUCCACUAUGGUCUCUUAGGCUCUGAUGCUCACCUGCAGCAGCCGCGGUCCUGUAUUAAUGACUUGCCAAUGGAGGUUUUGAGGCAGGUGCUCAUUCUACUUCCAGCCCAGGACCUUUAUUGCUGUGUUCGCCUUGUCUGCCAGGACUGGAGGAGCAUUGUUGACGACCCCAAGUUUGUUCCUCACAGGAAACGGUACUUUCGCUUCACAAUGCUGGAGGAAAACACAUUCAAAGAGGUGGCUGACAUCAUGAAAGAAAGGGGCAUCGACAGGUCACAUUACAGCAUGCGAAAUCUCAUUGCAUACAUGGCUGAGCAUGAGUUCGCUGAAUUGGUAGAUCCCUCCAAGCUUCUGAGCUGCGUGACAAAACAUCGUCUUUUCCCUCAAGCAGAAGCCUGUGUCCGAUUACGCCUCAGCAACAUUCCCAAGUUCAUACAUCAUGACACGGAGGGUCCAACACCAUGUGCAGUGAUGGCCGUAUUAUUAGUCCUGAGUGAGAAUGUUGACGAUGUGCAACAGCUCGUGACUCUGCUCGGAGGCUGCAUGUCGCAUGUUGCCAUCACAGAGUUUCUCAAUCACAUGGCCACAAUGCUGUUGGCGAUGAAGAGGAAAUACAUUUUGAUUAGUAACCGGCUGCAUUAUAAUAUUUACUAUGUUUUACAUCUGAUGGAGAACGGCCCUUUUCCCGCCUGCACCAGUGACAGAGGACGACCACAGAUUCAUCUGACACGAGAGCAGCAGUUGAUUCUCAGCCACACCAUCCAGAACGACCAUGUCGUCAAGAUUAAAGCUUUUGCUGGUACAGGGAAGACCACCACUCUGGUCCAGUAUGCGGAGCAGUUCCCGCAUCUCCGCUUCCUCUAUGUGGCGUUCAACAAGUCAGUUGCCUCUGAGGCGAGGAAACGUUUCCCUCACAAUGUCGACUGCAGGACUGCACACUCGUUGGCCUACAAAGACACUGGAGUUUGGUAUCGUCUCAAUGACAAGCUAACCUUCAACCACAACCCUUUUACCAUCAGCACCGUGUUGCCCAAAGGCCGGGGUGGCUUCACUAAGGCUAAAAUUGUAAUGAACACUCUGAACACCUUCAUGGCCUCCACUGACGAGACCAUCACCACCAGACACGUCCCCAACUCUCGCGUCAUUGAGGGAGACGACUGGAUUGUCUUCUCUGAGUACGAGAAACAGAUGUUUGUUGAAGACGCACGCCAUAUUUGGUCCAAAAUGAAGGAGUUGAAGGAGACAAAAACACUGGCCUACCACAUGACCCACGAUGGUUAUCUGAAGUUAUGGCAACUCCAAACUCCAAAACCUCAACUGGACCACCUGUAUGACGUCAUCUUCAUUGACGAAGCUCAGGACUGCACUCCAGCCAUCAUGGAUGUGCUUCUGUCGCAGCGAUGCGGCAAAGUACUGGUGGGGGAUCCUCAUCAACAGAUUUACACCUUCAGAGGAGCCGUCAAUGCUUUAGAUUGUGUUGACCACACACACAUCUACUAUCUGACGCAGAGUUUCCGGUUUGGGUCGGAGAUCGCCUAUGUGGGUGCCACCAUCCUCUCUGUCUGCAAGAAAGUUAGAAAGAUUCUGGUUGGAGGGAAGCAGAGAGGAAGUGUGCUCGGCGAACCUGCCGCGACAGCGUUGGCAUCUAUCACGGCAGCCAAGAAGCACGGCAACGGGACAACAGCCAUAUUGUCCAGAUGCAACCUGAGUGUGUUCGACAGAGCUGUGCACCUGAUCGACACCAACCCACUGUGCCAGUUGCACUUUAUCGGAGGUCUGGGCAGUGUUGGACUGAAUAUGAUAAUGGAAAUUUGGCAGCUGUUCAACGGAAACGAGCAUAAACCAAAUCAUUUUAAAGAGCCACUAAUCCGCUGCUUCGCUAAAGCUCAUCAUCCGUACCAGGCUUUAAAGAAUUACGCCUCCAAGACCGAGGACCACAAUCUGGAGGGCAAACUCAAGAUUGUGGAAAAAUACCACGAACGAAUCCCAGACCUGGUGACUCAUCUCAAAAAGUGUUUUGUGGAGGACUUCUCUGAAGCAGACUUUAUUUUGGGGACAGUCCAUAAAGCCAAAGGUCUGGAGUUCGACACAGUGCUGAUCACAGACGACUUUGUAGCAGUUCCGUGCGCCAAACAUCAAAUGAAAGACCACACCGCCUUCUCCCUCAGUAGGAUUCCUGCUGACGAAUGGAACCUUCUGUAUGUAGCCGUGACGAGGGCCAGGACUGUCAUGAUCAUGACUCCGAACAUUCAGCGCAUCCUCACGAUGGAUGGGGAAUACUUCAUGACCUCGGAGAUGCCCAGGAGCCAGGAAGUGACAUGCUCCAUUCACCACUGCUCCAACACUCUGACCCCAGGCAUGGCCUUCACCAUGUCAAGGAGAAGCAUGAGCUGCCUGCUGAAUCCCCGUGAGAACUGUGGUGGGCCGCUUUGUGGGAGGUGUGUCUGGAUCCGGACCGGGCCUUUUGCCCUGCUCAUGACAGACUACGUUCACUCGUGGGAGCGACUCCGCCCACAUUUGUAUGAUGCUCCACAGAUGCUGCAUUGCUGGUUGUGAUCGUCUCUAAAACCCAAAUCUGUGGACUGAAAAAAUGUUAUUUCAUGUCAGUACGAUGACUCAGUUUUGCACUUUUCUGAUUCAAGCCAUUUUUAACUUUUCUACAGUGUGGUCUCUGCAUCUUGAGCAGCGCUAAAUAAAAUCCUGCUUCCUGCACAAUUUUGCUGACUGGACUGUAUGGAUCCUUCCAGUAUUCUCUUCCCUGCAGAUGCUUGUCAGAAAAUACACACAACUUAAGACCACCUUUAAACUGUUGUGGUUUAAAUUCACAAAUGGAGGAGAGAAGGUUUGGCAAACCAUUAUGGUGACUUAACAUAAGUUUAUGCCAAAGAUUGAGGGGGACAGGUCUUUUAUAUUUUCCUCAGCAUGUGUUAAUGAUAGAGAGAUAAUUAUUUUCCAUUUAAACUUAAAAAAAAGAAAGAAAAAAUGAUUUAGGGAAAAGGAUUCAUAUUCUUUCUGAAAAUAAAUGAAAAAAAUUAAAUAAUGAAAAUCUGUGUAACAUUAAUGUAAUGUUAAUCAAAUUAAUAUUUACG